AUGGACUCGCGCUCCGCCCGGGCUGUAUUUGUGAUGCUGGGCUACAUGCUCUCGAAGAUCAACUAUCGCACACUCUUGUUCCAAGACUAUCCUGAUCUGGACUCAGACCAAGGCAUCUCUGAGUUCGUUUGUAACAUAUUGCGCUACUUGGGCGCUUGUGUACCAAAACAGGCAGAUGUCCAUUUGGACGGUCAGAACAAAUUCUACGAGCUCGAUCUCACGACAACAAUCGCCCUGGACGAGGCGAUUCGUAGGCACUAUGAUGAAUGGAUUCGCAAUGCGCCGCCAGAGUAUCAGAAGACAAUUUGCGGCUCGUCCGUCCCCUGCUCAAUGUCUUACAAGCACGGCCAAAAUCGCCAGAUAUGGGGUACAGAGCUCGAGAGGGACGUCCAACGGGCGUUCUGGGAAGAAUCGGCAAAUCUCAAAAACAUCCUCGUCUAUCGGGUGGCUUUUGCCCUACAUCUCCAAUGCACCCCCGUACAAGACUGGGAGGAUCGCAGCCUCGAUGAGAUCCACGAUACCUACGGAGAGGAGCUUUACGACUCUCCAAAUCCCAACACUCGGGAACGCAUCGACGACCUCGCAUCCUAUCCGAUGUUGGACGAGGGCGGCAAAGAAAUGCGCAUCUACCAGCCGAAUGGCGAAGUUGUCUUCAGACGCUAUGCCAUUGUCCCAGAGGACAACGAAGCAUUCUGCGGCAUCCUGUGCGAUCUCGACAAGAGCCGCGCCCUGUUCAUUGCACCCGAAGUCCUCGAUAUCGACGACAGCGACGAAGACGAUAUCGACAUUGACCCCUUUCGGGACGACAACGAUGACCCGAAUGAUGUUGGCGAGUUUGACGAUCACGCCGAGCUGCGCGCCCAUCGCAAACAAGUGAAGCGGGACGUCAAGUUCCGCUUCUUCCCCGCGGCCUUUACCCAUACCAUCGGACAGAUCCAGGCGGACGGUCCCAUCCGACCCCUGGCAAGAAAGGUCGAGGCGAUUAAUCGAGACGUUCGUGCUCGCCCUGGAGUUGGGCCUCCAGUCGCUUGCUCCCGUAAUCAGAUCUAUAACGAUCUCAGCCACCACACUCGCCUCUCGGCAGGACAGCACAUCGCUCAGCGCGGAAUACUCACAGGCACCGCUGCAGGUGCCUACGCUCACACUUGGCAGUCCGAGUCUAUCGCUUCCAAGUCCUACGGCCAGGUCUCAUCGAUACUUCCACAUUCCGCCCUCGCGACUCAAAUUCGCAACGUCAAGAAGUCCUAUCUCCGGUUUGAGAAUGUCUUCACCAUCCACAUCAACCGUCUUGACCCCUCACUCCACAACGGCCGGGCAUUCUUUGACCAUGUGGUAGAACCUGUGCUAAGUGCCUGUAGCCAUUCGGAUGUCUGCGCUGCCAUCAAGCAGUCAACGGUGGUACUAAGACAUGAUGUUUUCCCCAAGCUCUACAUUUGGACUUCGACACCCAUCACGAUUCUUAUGGAGGAGAUCUGGCUGCGUUAUGUGCGCCCUGUCAUGGAAAAGCGUCGGGCUGCGGGAGUCCGACAGGCUCCCUCAUCUCGUUCACGGUCUACACCGUCGAUUGCACGCCUUGGGAUGGUCCCGGAGCCCCAGUGGAUCGAGAUCCUGGCCAUUCUCGAACGCUCCUUCAAUUUCUGCCACACAGGCAACGCGAUCUGCCUUUCCCAGAAGCUGAUGCAACAGACAUUCACCAACCGUGCUCUCCUGGACGGCUAUAUGCCCCUUCUCGCUGGUGCUCUCAAACUCAACUCCGCUGACGGUGCCAUCCCAAUUGCGCCUUUAGACCUCUGGCCCACAACCGAGGAUGGACAGCCUCUUGUGGCGUCGAAGACGUCUCAGGUGUACACGUAUGGUGAAUCCCAUUGGUCGCGCUACUACGCUCAAUUUCGGAUUAAGCAUCGUAUCGCCGUCGCGACCGCAACCAUCCACGACUCGGAGGAGAGGAUGGACCUCGCGAUCUCUGUCCUUGGUGACAUUGUCGUACAAGCCUAUCAAGAGGACGUCGUCGAGAUGGUCCGACGCGCUGUGAAGGCCGUGAGGGACGACGCUAAGCUUCGCCCCAAUGACUACGCCCCUGGCUGGGUCGAAACUCGCCGGACCAGCUUCCGGCAGUGGCACAAGAGGAAGAACCCCCUCGACUAUGGCGACGAUUAUGAUACCAUUUCCCUCCUUUCCCGCGCCAUCGCCAUCCGCGACGACGCCCGCAUCGACCCGCUGCCUCAGGCCCCUGAGAAGUCAAUCUCUGUCAUGGAAUUCGCUCACCGCCUCUAUAAUAUUGGCACUGCGCAGAGGCGACAAUCCGUUGUUGCGCCUGUUUGGCGGGAAGGGGCGACUUGGCACACGCUACACGUCACACUAGCCCAUGGAUCCGCUCUCUUAGGGCAAGAGUUCUCUGAUGCGGAGAAGGCGAAGCGUCUCACCAAGGCCAUCGCGGACGCGGUUUUAGCCAACCAUGUCCACUUCUUCCCCAACAAGUCCGGUGACCGCUCGUCCGUCCCAUCGCUUUCGUCCUGGACUUACCUUGGCAACCCACCAAAUGCAGCACAUUUGGCCACCAGCCGCCUCGACAGCGUCGGUACGCAUCUCAAGCGCAAGCGUACGCAAGCAAUUAGGGAGCUGGUCGAAAACGAUAUCACGGCCAAGUGGAAUAUUCUCGAAUGCACCAUCGAGAGCUACAAAAGAUAUAUGACCCGCACACGACUCCCCGAAGACUGGUCAUGGAACGGCGACCAAUCCCUCGAGGGGAAUGAAGAGGUGUACAGGGUGUAUCAGUGGGCCGCAACUCGACUCGCAAACCCUCAGCGCGACUGGUGCACUCGUCUAGCCAUGCACCUCGCCUUCCUUCUGUCCAAGAUAACACCCUACGUCUUCAGUCCGGACGUCACCAAGGAAAACGAUUUCCCUGACGUGAAGAGGAUCCUCAAGGAGAUGGAGCAACUCAAACAGAACUCGCCUAGCGAGAGCUCUAUCAGUAUUAUCCGGAAACUACCUUGGAUCAAGAAGGAACGUAACGGAGCUCACGACCGCGCGCUGUACUUUACUCAAGCUGCCGUCGUGAUCAUGUCGUGGAUCGAUCCGGACUCUCCGGUCAGAAAACAGAUCGAGAACGUCAAUCGGAAGAGGGAGCUGAUCGCCCAGUGGAAUAAAAAGCAUGGACUUGGCUGCGUCACGAUGAUUAAGCUUGGAGUCCUGUAUGGUGCCGGUCGUGGCGUCCUCAGCUCUCCUAAAACAGGGCAAAACUACUUCGCGCGUUCUGUGGAUGACCUCAUGCAAUGGGAGCAGCAGGUGACUGGAGCAUUGGGUCGUUCUGUCGACGGCGCGUACAAGCUCGUCUUGACUGUCUUUGGAACUGCAAUUGCGAAUCGUCUCAUCGAGUCUGGAGAGAUGCCAAGCAUAUCUCUUCCCCGAAACGCUCCGUCGACUUCGCGGUUGGGAUCGGCUUUGCAAGCAGGUAGACGAACGUCGACCGCAAUCGAUGACAGCGACAACGAGGGAGGGCACCCGCCUCAACGGCGGCGCUACUAG